AUGAGAGUUCUGCCUGCCACUUUGCUGGUGGGAGCUGCUUCGGCAGCUGUCCCACCUAUGCAACAGGUCAUGGGUGGCCUCCAAGAACAGUCACAUGCGCUGGUCCAGGAGAGUACCGACUUCUUGUCCAAGCCCCUUGAGAAGCUUCAGGGACAGUUCAACACCCUCUCUUAUGAGGCUCGCAAGAUGUGGAAGGAAGUCUCAGAUGCCUUCCCCAAUCUGGAACAGACCCCAAUGCUUUCGCUUCCCAAGAAGCACACUCGCCGUCCUGACUCUCACUGGGACUCUGUCGUCCGUGGAGCGGAUGUGCAAAGCGUCUGGGUGGAGGGCGUCGAUGGCUCCAAGCACCGUGAACUGGAUGGAAAGCUGGAAGCCUACGAUCUUCGUGUCAAGAAGGUGGACCCUAGCUCCCUGGGUAUUGACCCUAAGGUCAAGCAGUACAGCGGUUAUCUCGAUAACAACGAGGAUGAUAAGCACCUCUUUUACUGGUUCUUUGAGUCCCGAAAUGACCCCGUGAAUGAUCCCGUUGUCCUCUGGCUGAACGGCGGUCCCGGCUGCUCUUCUCUUACUGGCCUGUUCAUGGAACUUGGACCUAGCUCCAUCAACGCCGAGAUCAAGACUGUUUACAACGAUUUCUCCUGGAACUCCAAUGCCUCUGUGAUCUUCCUGGACCAGCCUGUCAACGUUGGCUACUCCUACAGUGGCUCUUCUGUCAGCGAUACUGUAGCUGCUGGCAAGGAUGUCUACGCCUUGAUGACUCUGUUCUUCAAGCAGUUCCCCCAGUACGCCAAGCAGGACUUCCACAUUGCUGGCGAGUCCUAUGCUGGCCACUACAUCCCGGUCUUUGCUACUGAGAUUCUCUCCCACAAGAACCGCAACAUCAACCUGAAGUCCGUGCUCAUCGGCAACGGCUUGACUGAUCCUCUUACCCAGUACGAUUACUACCGCCCCAUGGCAUGCGGCGAGGGUGGCUACCCAGCUGUUCUGAGCGAGAGCGCCUGCCAGUCCAUGGACAACGCUUUGCCUCGUUGCAAAUCUAUGAUUGAGUCUUGCUACAACAGCGAGAGUGCCUGGGUUUGUGUUCCGGCCUCUAUCUACUGUAACAACGCUCUUCUGGCUCCUUACCAGCAGACUGGCCAGAACGUCUACGAUGUCCGCAGCAAGUGUGAGGACGACUCCGGCCUUUGCUACAAGGGCUUGAGCUACGUCAGCGAGUACUUGAACCAGGAGAGUGUUCGCGAGGCCGUGGGUGCUGAGGUUGAAGGCUAUGAUUCCUGCAACUUCGACAUCAACCGCAACUUCCUCUUCCACGGUGACUGGAUGAAGCCCUUCCACCGCCUGGUGCCCGGUCUGAUCGAGCAGAUUCCCGUGCUUGUCUACGCCGGUGAUGCAGACUUCAUCUGCAACUGGCUUGGCAACAAGGCCUGGACUGAGUCUCUCGAGUGGUCUGGUCAAAAGGAGUAUGCUGGCCUUGAGCCCUCGGACCUCGUUAUCAAGGACCAAGAGCACAAGGGCAAGAAGAUCGGUCAGGUGAAGUCCCACGGCAACUUCACCUUCAUGCAGCUCUACGGCGGUGGUCACAUGGUCCCUAUGGACCAGCCUGAGUCCAGCCUAGAGUUCUUCAACCGCUGGUUGGGUGGCGAGUGGUUCUAA